GACCGAUUGUACACUUCUGGACAAAAAGGGUUGACCUCCCACAUGGGUGGGGGACAACCCACGAAUUUAGCCACAUUAUUCAAGGCUUGAGUCGGCUGGUAUGUGAGGUGAGGUGGGAGAGGACUGAUUUGAGAAGUUUGGCAUCAAAACAAAUCAUGGUGGCCCUACUCUCUUUCACUCAUUGCCCAAAUAGAGACAAAGGGGCAUUCCUACCCAUCCCCCUCCUCACUAGUUCGGACAGCAUCAAGGGAAAGGAGGAAAGAAUCUCCACAACUUCAUCUUUCAUAGCAAAACUCGAGUAGAGCUCAAAUAAGAAAGUUGGGAGGAAGUUAAAGAAGGAAAAAGCUAGGAAAAAGUGUGAAAAUUAAGGUAUUCAAGGAACUUUCACGGAGUUGAAAGGGGCGCCGUAGUUGUCGCCGGAGUUCGUUGAAGUUCGCCGGAGUUUCGUCGGAGCUAAAUCGGGAAGGCUAGAACUUCAUAAGCUUCAUUAAGGUUGAGGCUAGAGUCCUACUACCUGCACCUUUGCCUAGGGUGAUCCUUCGAGGAGGAAGACGUGGUUCGUGCUUCCAUUCGUAUUUUUGAAAUCUAUAAACUGCUCAUGGAUUUUUGAACAAUGUUUUCAUUAAAACUGUUGGGGGCCUGUGUGCCCGUGUUUGCCACGUGUGGCUAAGUAUCAAACAUAUUAUUAUUUUCCGCAUUUGUUUGAUUACGAUAUUGAUGUUGAUUGUAUGUGUUUACUAAUCGG